UUUAUGUAGUGGUGCAUUGGUGCUCAGUGAUAAUGGCAUUUGCUGCAUUGAUGAAUUUGACAAGAUGAAUGACAGUACACGAUCAAUUUUGCAUGAAGUCAUGGUAAGGUUAUGUCAGAAACUAUUAAUACAAUACAGCAGGGAAGAAAAAACAGAGUACUUACCCAUCAAUUUGACGUUUACUUCUUGUACAAGAUACAGAAUUUAUCGCUGACUGUCUCGUUGUUUAAAAAUUCCGUUUCUAGACCAUUCCUUUAGUUCUUGCAUUUAAACAUUCCAGGACAAAAGUAAUUGGGAUGACAGCAGAACAUUAAAACGUAGUUCAGUGCAAUUCUAUGUAACAUAGCAAUGCAAUUCUAUGUAGCAUUAAACAGAGCAUAUUUCUCCUCAAUCUAAUACAGGAACAGCAAACGUUGUCAAUUGCCAAAGCUGGUAUAAUCUGUCAAUUGAAUGCAAGAACAUCUAUUCUUGCUGCUGCUAAUCCUGUGAAGUCACAAUGGGACACGAAAUUGACAACUGUGGAAAACAUUCAGUUGCCUCAUACCUUACUUUCAAGGUCAGUAGACAAAUGCUGUUGAGUGGAAGUGGGUUUGCUGACCAAUCGAAUGACUCGCUGACCGCAAUAUAUUUAUUAAGGCCCGUUUACACUUGCUGCAGUUUUUAGUGCGAUUUUCUGCUUCUGAUGCAUGUGAACAAGUGGAUGAUGACCCUCAUCUAAACAUUUAUAACUCGUUCACAUUCAUUGGAAGAAGAAAAUCGCAUCAGAGUUGUAGAAAAAGUUACAAGUGUAAAAAUCUUAUUUAGGUUUGAUUUAAUCUUCCUCAUGCUGGAUCCUCAGGACGAGGCUUAUGACCGUCGUCUUGCCAAACACUUGGUCUCACUAUAUCACCAGACACGAGAGGAAGAGGAAGAAGAGUUAGUGGUGAGUAGGAGGGAGGGGUGGGGGGAGGGAGUGGGUGGGGAGUGCCACAGAUGCCAGGCCUCAGGGGCGAAGUUACCGGAUGGAGUGCCUUCGUAUUUACUUUCAAUCACUUGGAUAUGGAGUGUAGUUAAGCGCGGAUGAGAAUGCACGAGAGUGAUUUAGUGUUUGUAAUGUUUACUAUUUUUGUUUUAUCGUAGUUUUGUAAAUUUUAGUGAGUUCGAUUAAAACUUAUUAUUUAGCUCACACUUGGUUUGGUUAGCUGUUCUUAAUGCUUUCCCAACACUAUCAUGUAUUCUAUUUAAGUUAAAACAUAGUUGGAACAUUCAUCAAACCUUUAUUUUGUUAAUCUAGAGCUUGAAAUGUCCCCUGUAACAAUACGUGACUGCCAAGAAAAAUCUUCGUUUGACUGGGGCGCAAUGAAUUUAAACUAAAUUCGAAAUAUUAUUUGGUGUCUUCCAAACUUUAAUUUUGUUUCGUAGGAUAUGAGUAUUCUCAAGGAUUACAUUGCGUAUGCACGAAUUCACAUCCAGCCAAAGUUGAGCGAGGAAGCAUCACAAAGGCUGAUUCAAGCAUAUGUCGGUAAGAACAAUUGUUCCAUUUUAGUUUCCAUCAGCUCUAUAUUAGAUUGAAUCAUAGAACUUUUCUUUAAGUGGCAAGAAUUUGAUUUAUUUGAAUCUGAAUGAAGUACGUUUUCAUUGUUGUUUCAAAAUGGAUAAGAUCUAAUAUAUUUAUGUUGCGUAGCAAGAUUGUUCCACACAUCGACUCCUUUGUUAGCGAAUAUGUGUUUUCAGUUUCAAGUGAUACCACUUUGCGUCCUGCAAGUCAAACUGCUCUGAGGUAUUGUGAAGUGUAGCAAGUAAACUAAAACUCGGUGUAUUUUGUAGAAAUGCGUAAAGUUGGAAGCAGCCGUGGCGCGGUGUCCGCGUAUCCGCGUCAACUAGAGUCGUUGAUCCGUCUUGCCGAAGCACACGCAAAGAUGAGAUUCUCAAAUAUUGUUGAAAAGGUCGACGUUGAAGAAGCACGCAGGUAAAGAAUGAAAUGUUCUAUGGGUGGCUAGUGGGGGUGGAGAGUAAGGGCGUGGUAGCCUGUCUGUCCCCCACUCCAUAACAGCAGAGAUGUGUAGUGUUCAAUCUCAAUUAUAUUUGCCACCAACCAGGCAGAGUGAUGGAUAUAGAAAGUGAAGAACUUCGUCACUUCGCAUUAGCGUGAAAUGUUGGGUUCCGAGCUAACCGCAUUACCUGCAAAUGACUGUAGCUAACUACAAACCUGAGUCAGAAGGUCAAAUUGACUUUCUCAAGCGCAAUUGCUCGAAAGGUUUCCCCAGUGGCUCUGUCCUCCGUCGCCUCUGUCAAGCUACGCGGUCCUAAACGUGCUACGGCUGUUCGCAGUGCUACAAUAAUUGCAAAUUAUUUUCGGUUACCUGCAAAAAAAAUUUGAUACAUGCAUGGUCUUUCCCUCCUUGGAGUUAACCACCAUGUUAUAGUAUGUUGCUAUCACUAAAUACAGUAGCUACUGUCAUUUCCUUCAGAUUGCACCGUGAAGCUUUGAAGCAGUCCGCUACAGACCCUAAGACUGGCCUGAUUGAUGUGAACAUCCUAGCAACAGGGCUGAGUGUUUCUGAUCGACAGAGACGUAUUGAGAUCGCUAAAGCACUCAAGACGAUGCUGCAGUCUAAAGGACAAGCACCAAAUAUGGACGCACAACGUUUGUUUGAAGAUUUCCGCGAAGGAUCUGACGCGGUAAGAUAGGUGGAUGGAAAUGUUGUGUGUUAUGCUAUUGUUGACAGACACUGACACCAAGUUGACAGACACUCACAACGAUAACAAAUUGUUGUGACUUGCCAGCCUGCGCUUGCGAUGAUGUUAUGGAACUACACGCAGGCUACGACAUGGGUAGCCAGCCUUGGUUCGAUUCUUCACAGUCACUUUUUUGGAGAACACUUCAAGUUUGACUCUACCAAAAACACCGGAAGUUAUCACUGGGCAUUCCAGUGUUCUCCUGUGAUAACACUGGAUCAAUAAGGGAGCUCCUUACUGGACUUCUAGGAAGAACAGUUUAGAAGUGAUAGAGCUAUCCAGUGUUUUGCAAAUCAUGUGAGUGUAAUACUCAAAAAAAUAUGGCAAUUUGCUUGACCUCUGGGAAGAAUAGUGUAUUGUUGUAGCUUAGUUAGUUGUGCUAGUGCACCUAGUACAGCUUACUUUCUGAGUAUCCGACGAUACAAACUCCAUCUAAUCCGUAAAUCUCGGAAUCACUUACUGAGUUCACGGAACUUGCCAAAUAAUUUAUCAAAUAUAUUUUUCCUCUCCAGCCUGUAACUCGAGACCAAUUUGACGAUGCUCUACGACAGCUGAAGGACGAAGACUUCUUGAUUGUCACUGGUAGAACUGUUCGUAUUAUAAUAUAAACAUUCCCAUUGUUGUGGAAAGAUACAAAGUAGACGGUGUAUCGUUUAUUCACAACUUCAAGACAAAACUAGUUUAUACACUGUACUUAGCAUGCCAUACAUACAUUACAAAAUUUAACUGCUUAAAAACGGACCGCAACUAUCUCACUGCAUUGUAAACGUUCACAAAGAAUAUUUUGCAAAUAUUUUUUUUAACCCACAGCAGUUUCAAGAGUUGAUUAUUUCAUUUUCGGCAUAAAUCAUGAAUAAGUUCUUUGUAGGUUUGCAUGGCGAUAAAACAUAUAAUACCACUGCUUAUGGAAACACCACGUAAAUUAUUAUUAGCACUGAUGAAGAUCCGGGCUUACACAUCGAAAGCUUUGCAGUAAUAAAUUUACGUGGUGUUUCUACAAGCAGUGGUAUUAUAUAAAUCAUGAAGCUUUCGAAAUCUGUCCCUGAGAAUCGAAAAUGCACGAGCUUGUUAUUAAAAUUACGUCAUAGAUAAUUAGCAACGUCGUAAUAAAUUGAUUACGUGAUUUGAAAUUAACGAAUCACGUCACAAGCUCGCGGAUUGUUGCCAAAAACGGUCGAAUUUCAUUCGAAAUAUUGCAUUUUUUCCCAUUUCACGAUACUUUACAAAUAUAUACAGUAUGUUUUGUUUUUUAUAAUAUAAAAUAAUUUAAAAUUAAAGCAAUAGGUAAAAUUCAAAAUCGCCAACUAUAUUCAAUACCGUUUCUUGCUUCUUUUAGUUGUCUUUAAUGCUAUUCGUCUUUUCCUCAUUUUCUUUCUGUUUUUAUUUCUCCACUUAUUUUUCUUUUUGUUCUUUCCCGUUUUAUUCUUUUGCAUUUCUUUCACAACACAUCCUUGAGAAGUGGAAAACAAACCACAGACAAACAAGAACAAAACGAAAGCCAUCGGAUAGUUUGGAGAAACGAUGUCUUUGCAUUCUUUAGUAUCUCGUCCUUCAAUAGAAAGCCUUUCAAAUCUUUCUACUCGUUUGUCUAGUUUUUCCAAUCCUUUACUCACAGUUUCGAGGAAUCUAAGCGCAAACUUUUGAUAUGCCAUCUGGUAAGAAUCCGAGAAUCCCACGAAUCUUUCAAGGAAAGGAAACUGUUCUCCGAAAUCGUUUUCGUAAAUGUGCCAAAGUUAAAAUACUAAACCCUACAAUUGCCAAGGUUACUGUAAGCAUAGAAGCAUUGACAACUGCUUUUUCAACCAUCUUGAUAAACUUUUGUGUGCGUUGAAGAAAAUGCUUUCGACUGUUGCGAGAUUUUUAAUUAUAAUUACUUGCGUCAUUUGAUUGCGUUUGUUACGUCAUAGUAAGCUACGCAUAAUUUGCGAUACAGGGGAAUGCAGGAUAAGGAGGGUUUUG